ACUACUACUACUACUACUACUACUACUACUACCCGUUCUACCAACACAAACCAGUCGAACCAGACCGACACAAUGGGCAAGCGCAAGCCAGAAGACAACCCCACCACGCCCAGCGCCAAUGGCGACUCCAAGAAGCGGCAGCGGGUGAGCGAGGAGGAGAACCCAGCCGCUGCGAAGAAGGCCAAGAAGGAGAGGAAGGAGAAGAAGUACGGAAAGAAAGUGAAGACAGAACUCGUCCCGGAAGAGGACAUUGUGGAUGUGGCUAUGACCGAGAUCGACAACAUCAAGCCCGAGGCGGCCAAGAAGGAAGAAGAGGGAGACGCUACCGAGCCCGCCGCGGCGCCCGAAGCCGCUGCCGCCGGUGAGAAGACCGACAAGAAGAAGAAGCGCAAGAAGAACAAGAAGGCAGCGGCGAAGGAGGAAGCGGCCGCCGGCGACGAGGAAGAAAAAGCCGAGCAAGAGGGCCAGGAGGGAGAGGAGGUGGACGGGGAGGCGGCAGAAGCGGCCUCGUCGGGCAAGCCCAAGAAGAGCCGAUUCAUAGUGUUCGUGGGCAACCUGCCGUACAGCGCAAAGGUGGCGGACAUCGAGAAGCACUUCUCGGCGGUGCAGCCGACGUCGAUCCGGUUGCUGCACGAGAAGGCGAACCCGACCAAGUCGCGGGGCAUCGCGUUCCUCGAGUUCCGGGGCUACGACCACAUGAAGACGUGCCUCAAGACCAUGCACCACAGCACCAUGACGUGCGAGGGGCGGGACUACCGGGGCCGGCCCAAGAUGGAGGACCGACAGAUCAACGUUGAGCUCACGGCGGGCGGCGGCGGCAACACGGACGGGCGCAAGGAGAAGAUCCGCGCCAAGAACGAGAAGCUGAACGAGCAGCGCGAGAGGCGAAGGAUCGAGGAGGAGAAGCAGAAGGUCAAGAAGGAGCAGGAGCGGCUGGCCAAGGCCGGCGAGCAGAAGGCCGGCGCUGAUGGUAUCCAUCCCAGCAGGAGAGCUCGUGUUCCCGGAAAUCGCUUCAAGUAAAAUGAUACCCGCCAAAUUGGCCCAGCUGGCACCUGGGAGAUUGUAUACACUGGCGUUCCGGGGGGAGGCGCUGUCAGGCUAGUUUUUGUUGAUACCACAAGCCACCAAUAUCAACCGUAUGCCUUGUGGGCGAAUCAUCAUUCAUUGUCUCGACCACUUGAUCGAAUUAGAUCUGUCCGUUUGUGCUACUUUGUUUCGUGUCACUGCACGUAUUCAACGGUGACAACUUCUCCAUGGUUGGGCCAUGCAAAAUGAGAGAAAUGACAGCGGCAAGUCACUAGCGGACACAACUUAGACAUCAAUGGCACG